AUGGGUGCCACACACGCUGCAUCGGCCGCCAGGAACGUCGUUGUGCUGGGCGCGAGCUACGCAGGCUCGCACGCGGCUGAAUUGCUUGCCCGCACUCUACCGCCGAGCCACCGUGUGGUCGUUGUCGACCGGCAGAGUCACUUCAACCAUCUCUACCUUCACCCGCGAGUAAGCGUCGUCCCGGGCCACGCCCAGAAGGUCUUCAUCCCCUACGGCGGCGUUCUCCCCGCGCCUCCUCCUGCUCCCGCUCCCAUCGCUCGCCAUGUCAUCAUUCACGCCUCUGUCACCGCCAUCACCGACGAGCACAUCGAGCUCGAUCGUGACUUGCUCGAGAGUGAGCGGGACGUCGGUGGAGAUGAGGAUGAGGUGGAAAAGUUGACGAAUGAGCUGGAGAAGGCAAAGUUGGGAGCCGAGUCGCCGCGAGAGAGGCGGCAGGCGACGCGGAGACUUGCGUGGGACUACCUCAUCUAUGCCCUCGGCUGCACACUUCCGCCGCCGUUGACGACAACAGCGCGCACAAAGAAGGACGGCGUCGCCUUCCUCGAGUCGCAACAACAGCUCAUCGCAUCCGCCUCGUCGAUCCUCAUCGCCGGCGGCGGCGCUCUCGGCAUCCAAUACGCGUCCGACAUCGCCGACUUGUACAACAACCCGUCCAACGCCUCGCUCCUUUCUUCCCCUCCACCGCCGAAAAAGCGCAUCACCCUCGUUCACUCGCGUGACCGCUUCCUCCCGCUCUACAAGCAAGAGGUGCAUGAGGAGGUACUGCGAAGGAUGGAGGAGCUCGGUGUCGAGGUUGUUCUGGGCGAGCGGGUGCAGCUGCCGGAUGCGAAGGACGACAAGCCGGGAACGAUGAAGACGCUCAAGUUCAAGGACGGGCGGGAGGUCGCGUACGAUCUGCUGCUCCGCUGCACAGGCCAGAAGCCCAACUCGCAGCUCUUCCGCGACUUCCUCCCCGACACGCUCGACGAGUGGGGCUACAUCGAAAUUCGCCCGACGCUGCAGGUGGACGUCUCGAAGGUCGAGAACGCCGACAAGCUGAGCGAGAAGGUCAAGCGGAAUGUCUACGCCAUUGGCGAUGUCGCCAACGCAGGUGUGAUCAAAGCCGGCCACACAGGCUGGAACCAAGCCGGUUUCGCAACGCAGAACAUCAUGUGCUGCAUCGAGACGGACGCGCUUAACGCCGCGCGGGCGAAGGAUGAGCGCAUGAGCGAGCCAGAGCUCGUCGAAUACGAGAAGACGCCGCCGCAGAUCAAGGUCACCCUUGGACUGCGGCACUCGGUCUCGGAGCUGCUGCCGGACAUGCAGGCGAAGGAGACGGUCGUGCAGACGGGCUCGGACGGGCCGGUCGACGGGUACUACAAGGUCGUGUGGGAGCGCAUGGGCGCCGACCCAUCCGAUGUGAGUGUGUAG